AUGGUCAAGGAGACGAAAUUCUAUGAUAUACUUGGGGUCGACCCUUCGGCCACAGAAGCCCAGCUGAAAUCUGCCUACAAGAAGGGUGCCCUGAAACACCACCCAGAUAAGAAUGCCCACAACCCCGAUGCCGCAGAAAAAUUCAAAGACCUCUCUAAGGCAUAUGAAGUCCUAUCCGAUCCUCAAAAACGAAGCCUCUACGAUCAGUAUGGUGAAGAAGGUCUAGAGCAAGGCGGAAUGGGUGGUGGUGGUAUGGCCGCCGAAGAUCUCUUUGCACAGUUCUUUGGCGGCGGAUCAGCCUUUGGCGGCAUGUUUGGAGGUGGCAUGCGCGAUACUGGCCCAAAGAAAGCCCGCACCAUCCACCAUGUACACAAGGUAUCCCUCGAGGACAUCUACCGCGGAAAAGUCUCGAAACUCGCUCUCCAAAAGUCUGUCAUCUGCCCGCAGUGUGAAGGCCGUGGAGGCAAAGAGGGGGCGGUGAAAACCUGCGCUGGUUGCAACGGCCAGGGUAUGAAGACCAUGAUGCGACAAAUGGGCCCCAUGAUUCAGCGGUUCCAGACCAUCUGCCCGGAUUGCCAGGGUGAGGGAGAGACCAUCCGCGACCGUGACCGGUGUAAACGCUGCAUGGGGAAGAAGACGGUUGUGGAACGAAAGGUUCUCCACGUCCAUGUCGACCGUGGCGUGAAGAGCGGUCAUAAGAUCGAGUUCCGCGGUGAGGGUGACCAGAUGCCGGGUGUCCUUGCCGGAGACGUUGUCUUUGAGAUUGAACAGAAGCCUCAUCCACGAUUCCAGAGAAAGGAUGACGAUCUUUUCUAUCACGCCGAAAUCGAUUUGUUGACUGCUUUGGCCGGUGGCCAGAUCUACAUCGAGCAUCUCGACGAGCGAUGGUUGACUGUCAACAUCUACCCCGGCGAGCCUAUCACACCUGGAGCGAUCAAGGUCAUCAAAGGCCAAGGCAUGCCGUCAUUCCGCCACCACGAUUUCGGAAACUUGUAUAUUCAGUUCGACGUCAAAUUCCCAGACAAGUCACAACUCCAAAAUCUGGAGCUUCUGGAACAAGUCCUCCCGCCCCGCAUGCAACAGAAACUGCCACCGCCAGACGGCAUGGUCGAAGAUUUCGACUUGGAAGACGUCGAUCCCCGCCAGCAAGCACGUGCUAACGGCGCCGCUGGCAUGGACGAUGACGAUGAGGAUGGCAUUCCACCUGGAGCCGAGAGAGUACAGUGCGCUUCUCAGUGA